GCGGCAGCAGAGGACACACACAGUUACCGUAUUUACAGUGUUACUUAAGGCUUAGAAGUCUUUUCAAACAUUUACUGCAGUCCGCCGUCGUAGUAACGAAACGCCGUCGUAAACCUGAGCACUCCCUGUCUACCAUAACGUACGUAUUGAGCAUACAAAACCAGCUUUGCCUUCAAAAGCCUGUCGUCAAGUUAGCUGACAGCAGUUUAAGCUACGCUGUACCGGAUGUUAGCAUAAAAGCACAUCCGUUCUCCGCCUCCUUAAAGUGUUUUAUUUUGACGCGUGUCACGCCGAGUGUAUCUAGUGAAGCGAGUCCAAGCAGAGAAGAAGCCACAGCCGCCACAUGACGGCAAGCAACAGCACCAAUACUCUCCAGUUCACCAUCUUUUAUUUUAAACUCUUUUUCGUACUUUUGGAGUGGAGGGGGAGAAAAAACACCUUUGAUUCUUUAUGAAGAAUGGGCUGUGCAAUAUCUGGCUUGGCUGAAAGUGCAGGCUUGGCAGAAAAGAUUGUAAGGGACCAUGAUGCUGGAGGAAGAGGAGGAGGACAGCAUCCCAAUCAAGACCAGAUUGACAUGAUCAAGGAGUCUUGGAAAGUUAUCAGAGACGACAUAGCAAAAGUUGGCAUCAUAGUGUUUGUCAGGCUCUUCGAAACCCACCCCGAAUGCAAGGACGUUUUCUUCCUGUUCCGAGACGUCAAGGACCUGGAGAGGUUGCGGACCAGCCGGGAACUCAGAGCACACGGACUACGCGUCAUGUCUUUUAUUGAGAAAAGUGUGGCCAGGUUGGACCAAUUGGAGCGACUGGAGGCGCUGGCCGUGGAGCUGGGGAAAAGCCAUUACCACUACAGCGCCCCUCCCAAAUACUACGAUUAUGUCGGAGCAGAAUUCAUCAGUGCCGUGCAGCCAAUCUUGAAGGACAGAUGGACCGCUGAGCUGGAGGAGGCAUGGAAGACCCUGUUUCAGUACGUGACCUGCCUGAUGAAGCAAGGCUACAAGGAGGCGGACAGACAGAACCAUGCCGCAGUCUCCCCAAAGGAGAGAGCAGACAAGAGGAACACGGCGCUCUGAGAGGCUCACUCCAAG